AUGGUUUCGUCGCUUCUUAUGUCGUUUGCUCCGGCCACAGUGAGGGUUUACGCCACAACCAAGGGAACUUCAGGAGGCGCCAAGGCGGAGGAGAAGAAUCCCCUCGACUUUGUGCUGGGUUAUCUGACAAAGCAAGAUCAGUUCUACGAGACUGAUCCAAUUCUCAAGAAGGUUGAGGAGAAACAAGGCACCAAAAGCAGCACCACCGGAGGCCGAGGAUCCGUUCGCGGCGGUAAAAGCUCGGCUCCGGUGCCUGUGGCCCCCAAGAAGAAUGAUGGUGGAUUUGCCGGCUUGGGUGGCUUCUUCAACAAAAAGUAA